CAGGACUGGGGAUUGGUGGAAAGCAGCGCCGAACUGGUUUGGAGCAUGCGCUGUGUAGGCUCAGAGCAACUCGGUUCAGCUCCGAGAUGCUACGCCGCUUGAUUGAACCGCGCAUCGCAUGCAUUCUUCGUUUCGCAUUCAUGGUGUCUCAAGCAUUAUCAACUAAAUUCUGACUUUCCAGAACACUAGCUCCCCGUAUACCGGAAAGUCUGUCCAGUCCAGUUGCGAUGGAGCUUGUGAAUAUGAUCCCACAUCGGCUGAGCUACGGCCCCGUUGGGUCUGCUGCCAGGGAUCAGGCUCGUCUGGCGCUCGGCGACAUCACCGCGCCCGAGUUCAGGAGAGGGCGCUACGAGGUCUGCCACUAUCACCUCAGAAGCCUCGGCGGCUGCGUAGGCCCGCUGGCCAUCGACCAGACGUUGUGGUUCGGCCACGAGCUCCAGGCCCGGCUCAAGGACGGCGGGGCGCACGUCGCGGUCGAGUACGAGCCCGGGGGGCGCCGGAACCUCGCCGUGCUCGUCGGCGCCUACCUCGUCCUCGGCCUCGGCUGGUCCGCGGCAGAGGUGCGCCGCGCCCUCCCCGAGGACGCGGGGCUGACCUUCCCGUGCUCCUGGAUCGACCCCGUGGACCUGGCGUCCAGGCGCGGGGCGCCCCGCAUGACGGUCCAGGACUGCUGGGAGGGCGUGCAGAUGGCCCGGGACAUGGGAUGGCUGCGCAGCGAGAUGGUCGAGGAUGGCGUCGUGGCUUCCCUCGCGGCCAGCAAGUUCUGGAAGACGAGCUGCGAGUACGACGGGGCAUGGCUGGUGCCGGGCGCAGUCUUUGUCAUGGCGGAUCCGAUGACGACCAUCCAGGACCCGAACCCGGCAACGUGUGCCGCCUUCUGCAGAGAGCGGGGAGCCGACCGUGUCCCAGAGGCAGAUUCCCUGGACAAGUUCCGGAUGCUCUCCCAGGACAGCUCGCUCUCGCCCCAGCGCUCUCCCUCCUGUCCAGGCGAGGCCCUCGUCGGGGAGAGUGCCGAUGGCCUGCCCGAGGUGUGCCUCAGCGCCGCCGCGGUGGAGCGGGACUGCCACGAGCUCGAGGACGGCCUGCUGUCUCUCGCGUCGGUGCACACCGUGUGCAAGGCCUACGGCUCCGGGCUUGCGCGGGCCAAGGGCUGCGACCUCUGGCCGGACGCGAGGCCGUAUGUGGACUUCCUGCUGGAGGAGGGCAUCAGGACGGUGGUGCGCCUGAACAGCCCGGACGAGCCCGGACUGGCGGAGAUCGGAGGGAGCUACGACGCGGGGUUGUUGGCCGAGUUCGGGAUCGGGCACGCGGACAUCCCCGUCAGUGACUCCAAGGACACCGGAAGGGGGGGCGUCCCCCCCCGUGGAGCCAUCAGGCGCUUCCUCAGUCUGACCAGGCACGUGGGUCUCGAGGACGGCGCUGCCAUGAUCGUCCACUGCAAGGGCGGCUUCGGCAGGAGCGUGUUCCUGGCGUGCCUCCAAGUCAUCUACAGGUACGACGUGCCCGGCUGUGGACUUCUCGGAUGGGCGCGAAUGGCCCGCCCAGGAGCCAUCACGACCCCAGAGCAGGAGGCCGUGUUGCGCUCCCUGUCUGGUCGUGGAGAUCUUUGCAGAAGGUACGACGUCCCCAUCGGGGGCCUGGAGGGUACGUCCGCGGCGCAGGGCUGCUGCACGGUGACCUGAGCCGGCGCGGAAAGAUGAUUUCAGUUGUUUUCGGGCUGGGAUGCGUUUCAGGAAGCGCAUGAAUUUGAGAGCAGUGUGGUUCAGCAGGGCACGCCUUACAUUGUUGUCGGCUCCGAGCCGCCAAGUUUUUGAAGCUGUUUAGGGUUCCAUGAAAUUCAUGACCGCCAGCUGAUGUUAUGAAACAUAUUUUCCACAGCCAGCGAGAGGAUCUCCAGUAGAUAUGUGGCCUUAGAGGCUACGCGAGAUCCCAGCCAGCAUUCGAGUGAAAGCGGCACCUCUCGUUCUAUACCAGCGCAAUACAAGCCCAGGGGCCCAGAGGCG